AUGGCGACACAAACGAACACUGUCGGAGCUAUGGCUGUCUCUGAGUUCGAUCUCUUGCCGCAGCUCGUUCUCCGCCUCGACAGACACCUCAUCUUCCCACUACUGGAGUUUUCCGCAGCGCAGCUAGAGGACGAGAAUGGGAGCAGUAAAGACGAGAAUAAAUCGCGUGAGAUAACGAAGGCGAAAUAUGAGCUGUUAAAGAAAACUAGCAUGACGGAUUACGUUGCCAAUCUAUACUGCGAGAUCGAGGAUCUGGAUACGCCACCCGCCGAAUUUACCGAGUCUCGGAAGAAAGUGCUCGGAAAACUUGAGCAGUUCGAGGAUGAUACGAGCAAGCUGCGGGACCUUUUGGGGAAUGAAGAUGUCGUAGGCAAUUUGCGCAGCGACAAAGUGGCCAACUUGGAAUUUCUGAAGAAGGAGCAUGAUGUCACGAUCGAGAUGGUUAAUGCGCUCUACGACUUCGGCAACUUUCAAUACAGCUGUGGCAACUAUGGGGCGGCAGCAGAGCUGCUAUACCAGUUCCGUGUCUUGUCGACAGAUAACGAAAAGGUGGCGGCGGCCACAUGGGGCAAGUUAGCUUCAGAGAUCCUAACGACGAACUGGGAGUCGGCCAUGGAGGAACUCCAGAAGGUUAAAGAAAACAUUGACACGAAGCUAUUCAACAACCCGCUGGCGCAGUUGCAGCAGCGUACAUGGCUUGCCCACUGGGCGCUCUUUCCGCUCUUCAACUACGAAGGGUCGCGCGAAAGCGUAUUGGAACUGCUGUUCUCGCCGAACUACAUCAAUACUAUCCAGACCUCGUGUCCGUGGAUUCUUCGCUAUGUAGCGGCCUCUGUCAUUGCGGGCCGUGGACGCGUUAAGAACUUGGGCCUACAGCAAAAGCAACUCAAGGACAUCGUGCGUGUGGUCCGUCAGGAGGCGUAUGAAUACACGGACCCAGUCACCGACUUUGUCCGCGCUCUUUUUGUCGACUUCGAUUUCGAGGAAGCCCAGCGCCAGCUUCCUCGCGUGGAGACGGUUCUGCGCGCCGACUUUUUCCUUGCUGGCGCGGCAGAUGAGUUCAUCGAUGCCGCCCGGCACCUUUUCUUUGAGUCCUACUGCAAGAUUCAUGCGCGCAUUGAUCUAAAGCGUGUAAGCGCACAGCUUGGCCUCAACGUGGAUGACGGCGAGAAGUGGAUUGUCAACCUUAUCCGGGACACGCGACUGGAUGCCAAGAUUGACUUCCAAGAGGGCACGGUUAUAAUGAACCACCCAAACAGCUCCGUAUACCAGCAGGUGAUAGAGCGGACAAAGGGCGGCUUUUUCCGCACACAGGUGCUGAGUGCGGCUGUCACAAGGUGA